AGGUCGUGCACCUUCAUUGGAUAGAGGAAUUUUACCGAAAUUCUGAGCACGAUAGGAUUUACCUGCUUAUUUGUAGUGUCCCGUUAGAAGACAAGAAAACGGGGUACGUUCCUACUUUCUGGUUACGUUGUAGUUGCACUUAACUUUGCUAUUCGUUUGUAGUUGAGAAAAGUACAACAACAUUUCUAUUUCCCGACUAAGGUACUAGGAGUUUCUGCUGCCUUUCUCUCAAGUCUUGCCCUUACUUCAUCUGUUCGUUCGUUUUCCAGAUUUUUAUCGUUCGAACAAAGUAGUAAGCUUCAAGCCCACAGCACCGGAAGCAGCACUGCCAGAAACUACGACUGUGCCAACGAUGACGGCGAGCACGAAGAAAAGGCUCGACAACUCGGGGUCAUACUCUGCACCCGAGCAGGAGCCCGAAAGCGACACAAUUAAGAAGCAGGAGAACGAGAAGGAAGAAGAGAUGACAAAAGAUCUCUCGCACGCCAUCGGUGCGUUGUUCUUCGUCAGCUUUGUGCAGCUCUUCGGAUACAAUGUGUACUUAUCGAUCACGCCGUACCUGAUGAAACCAGAGGUAAGGAGGUUUUUUUUUGCCGGUCAGAAAUUUAUAGUAAGACAGUUACCAGAAAGAUGUUCUUCGUGUUGAGAUGAUGCAGCUAGAAGGCAAAAUAAGUACUUAGCCAAUGACAUUGCGAAUCUACCAAAUACUGCUCACAACUAUCUUCAGGUGCUCGGAAAGGACUGGGGCUACAUCUCGCUGUUCCCGUACGGCGUCAGCAACGUGGUGUUUGGCUUUGCUUACACGUACGUGUCGGAGAAGAGAAAGUUUCAGCAGGUGAAAGAACAGCAACCCGAAAAUAACGACGUGGAGAAGGGAAUAAAUGCAAACACCACGACCUGGACGCGGAGCAAAUUUUUCGCCGGCUUCACCUUUUCCAUCCGAUGGCUCAUCGCUUGCGGCUCCUCCGUCCUCGUGUACGUGCCAUUGUUUGUCUUCGCCGUCCUCUACAAUUCCCGAGCCGUGUACGAGAGUGCACAACUCCCCCUCCCCCUCAUUUGUCAUGCAAAACCCCAACUCCUACUCAACUCCAGUCACAGCCUUGUGGCACUGCUUGCAUGACAAGUUCUGGCAUCCCAAAUAGCACUACACUCUAGGGCAAAUUUGUCAUGCAAAACCGGCACUCUUGCUGAUGCUUGUAUUGCCGUUCAUGCUAUACAAAUGAGGAAGAGGGGGGGUUGUGCACUGUCAUAUCGUGGCUUUAAUUGCGCUCGUGGUGCUCGGGAUCGGAAACUCCUGGCUGCAAAACUGCGGAAGUGGUACUUCUGAAACGCAGAAGUUUUUCAUUUUGAUGUAGAUGUACUUACUAUGUUUCCACUUUUACAGAUCUACUAUCCGCUCGGCUUGUCGGCACCAAAAAUAUGUCCUAUAGUUAAGCUUAAGAAAGAAGUAGCUUAGUAGAUAGAAGCUUACUAUAGAGGUUUCCUCCUCCUCCUCCUAUGUAUAAAUAGUGUAGUCUACUAUCUACGGGUGCAGUUUCGUCGUGGGCUCCUGCGAGCUCUGUAUUUUUAGAAGUAAACUUUAUUUUGCAAGUGCAACAUUUCUGCGUGUUGAGCAUAACACUUCUCUCACCCAAAUACCAAACUAGGUCUCUGCACGAGUCUGAAUUCCCCGCGCAUGAUGACCUUCUGGUCCCUCGGAAACGCGUUGUCUUCCCUCCCAACUUUCUUCUUCAAUUUGAUCUACAACGUCGCGUUGGGAAACCAGGGCUACACGGCGAAUCUCGUCUACAUCCUGCUCUCCAUCGUGGCGAUCGUCCUCGUUUUCUGCUACCUGAUGCUGCCCUUUGCGUUCGUCCGAAAUCCGUUGUUGGCAAAGCAAAUCGAACUGGAGGAUUUGAACCCGGAAGAGGGAAGUUUGCUCAACCAGCUGGAGAAAGACGCAGUAGAUCACGAUGUAGAAACAGCCAAGCCGAAGAUUGUGCUCGCAGAGAGAAGACUGGUUGAAACAUCAGAAGAACAAGCUGGUCAUGAUAAUAACGACGAGCUGGAACCGCUUGUGACAGCAGGAACAAGAAAUAAACAGGACGAAGCAGAAGAAGAUUACUCCGCUAUCCAGCCCCGAAGCAUUUGGGCCGUAUUCGCGUAUCAAAUGCAAAUAUGUCUGAGUCUGGAAGAAUGCAAGUUUGUCAUGCUUGUCUCACAUGCUCCUUAAAUCUGUAUUGCAGGAGCAGGAAAGAAGCGUAUUGCCUGUCAUGCAAAAAUGCAGUGUGCCAUGCAGAAAGCGAAACACAUAGGAGCCUAAAAACUUGUCAUGCGUAGCUGCGCAUUGCCGUACGCCCACCAGUCAUAAAGUCGCAUCACAAGUUUCCAGACCCAGGCAUAUUUGCAAUCCAUAUCGCGGACGACUGGCCAAUGUACACGGGCAUGUUUUUGGCGUUUUUCACCACCUUCUGCAUCUUUCCGGCGUUGUAUCAAAGUGAAAAAAGCCCCCACCCCAUAUAGGAAACGAAAUUUGUGAUGCUGUAUUUGAGUACACAAGUCGUGUUGUAAUGCUAGAAGGCCAAGAGACGCAGCUGCGGCCUGAGUUGCGGGCAAUCUGUCAUGCUGUUUCCCACUUGCAGCUGCCUCCUGUCAUGCUGGAGCAGCAAGGGUUUCCCACGCUAGACAGCACUACAGUCCGCAUCUUUUGCCUUCUAGCAUCACAAAGCUGAUUUGUGAUCACAAAUGUGCAUCACAGAUUUGCGUUUCGAUAUGGGGAGGGUAUCUCCCUGAAACACCAAAACCGGCACAAAUUGGGCCGGCAGUCCGGGUAAUUGCUCACCAGCCGGUUUGUAUGGCGAAUGAGGUGCUCGACGAAUGAAGGAGUAAGCAUGUAAAUUAGCACCUCCGGUUGGUAGAGCGAUCGGCUACCGAGGCACGUCAGGGGGCGUCGCUCCUUCAAUUCAAUAUGGGGAGGGGGCAUUUUUCAUUGUAAUACGUUGCCUCUGCUCUUCAAGGCGGAAGGGAUCAAGCCGGACGACGCGAAUGACCCGAACGACAAAAGGAUCUGCAUGUCGAACUUCAUCCUGGUAUAAUAUUUUUUAGACAAAGCGUUUUAAUGACAUAGGAUAAAGUUGUACAACUUACCUCAUCAACUUCUUCAUGUUUCUGUACCACGAAGUGGCAUGGAUUUCCUUGCUGGUGGUUUUUCUUCUUGAACGAAUCGCAUGACAAAAUAAAUACCAAAAUUUCAAAAACCACCAGCUCGUCCUGGGUUUCUUCAAUCUGGGCGACGUGUCCGGACGGUACCUCCCGAUGCUGGGCAAGCCGCCGAAAAAAUGGUUUCUUCCGAUCGUUGGGCUCCGGUGCGUAUUCGUCACCACGUGCUGUUUCUUGGUGUGCAUCUACGAAACCAACAUGGCAGUACCGUUUCUGGUUGACUACCUCUUCGGUCUCUCCCUCGCCUACUGUGCUACGUGGGCGUUCAUGGAGGCGGGUAGCGGCAUCAAGCACCCCGCGGAACGGGCGCAAAUCGGACCGUUACUGAGCAACGCACUGCUGAUCGGCAUUUUGCUUGGUACGUGUUUCUCCGCGUUCGUCUUGAGACACAUCAACCAAGCCAUCGGGAUUGAGUAAACUAGAAUGAAGAUGUUGAGCAGAAGUCUCGCAGCUCGUCUAGUAUGACUAUGAAAGGCGUGGCUGCUUGUCAUUCCGUGAACAAAAAGCGACAACUCUAACUUCCAAUAAGUUAGUCCUACCCCGGGCUGCAAGAGGAACCGGAGGAGAAUUAAAAUUAAUGACCCAGGACAAUAAACUGAAACGAAAGAAAAGCAAGAUGACUAACGCCGGCGAAUUUCAAUUCCAAGAAUUACGUGGCCACACCUUCAAGUUUUCAACAAGAACAACGCAGCAGAGGAGCAGGAUGAAAUAAAAAAGAAUCAAACAAAAAGCGAAUACUAAAAGAGACGACGCGAAAGAGUACGAGACGGUGCCAAAAAUGCGGCCUGAUUUUAUCACUUUUUCUCGGGAGCUAUUUUUCACAACACACCACGGGAGCUGAUAUUUGAAAUGGGAGACUUCAUAUCAGAUUUUUCGCUCGCACACCGCACCGCGAAUCAGUAGAUGCAACUACCGGAGGCGCGGAGACGUAUAUGCAUCAGGCCGGUCGAAAUUAGAAGCCAAAAACGAGUAUGAUGUACGACCGCGCAAGAAUGAAUCUUGCUCUUCAACGCCAAAUAGUACCGCGCAUCAGUUGUAGGACAUCUUAGCGCCAACGCCAAAUGUGAAGCUAAAUUCAGACCAAGCGAAAACGACCCAGCAAGCGACUGUGAAGAAAACCCUACCACCUGUGAAGCAGAAGCGACUUGCUAGCAGAGAUAUGCUAAGAACCCGCCACAACAAGUUUAUCACGCCAUUGCAUUCACUACGCAAUCGGCUUGGACGCUACAGCGCAGAUAUCAAUUCGCUCUGAACUUCGAGCAAAGCCA